GGCCGUUUAUUGUUGUCAAAAUUUUUCCUGAUGACGUUUUUAGUUUGGAACUUCCGUGCGUGUGAUCUGCGUCUGUGUCCGCGGAACGAUCUUUAGUCCGUCGUCGGUUGGUGUCGAAGGUGUGAAUUUUCCUGCAGGUGCAAAUUGUUGGAGGUGUCAAAGAGAGAAAGAUUUCGGAAGCAUACCAUAAAAGGAUAUCUUUAUCCGAUUUAGCAGAUUAAUCGAGUGGAUAAUGGCAUUACGGAGCAUGUGGGAUUGUGGGUGGUGUGUUGUGUUGUGAUUUGAUGUAUCCAUAAGUGUGUAGUUGCAAUUGUGUUUAGCGUGACCAAUGUGAUGAAGGAAAAGUAAAAUUUAUAUUCCAAGCAUUUCUCGAAACGUUUCGAGUCGAGGAUAGAAAGAAAGUUCAAUAAAAUAUACUCUGAGCCAGUCAGUGGGAGAGAUAAAGUGAAAAAAAAGUUCAACGGGAUUAACCCUCAAUAUAUAAUACAUUGAGGAAGCAAAGCGGAUUGAAAGUCACGAAAAGGAAAAUAGAAAAUGGAGCGAGUGUGGCGAAAAAUGAACCAGGGCCUGACGAUGAGAUCAUCGAAGCAUCAUCACGGUGGUGGGGGGAGUGGCAUGAUGAUGGUUCCUCCGGAUGCCGCAACCACCGGUUGUCUUCCGGCGCUAGGAGGAGGCGGAGGAGGCAAUAGUGGCGGCGGGGGUGGCGUCGGAGGCGGAAACGGAGGCCAUCAAACGGACACAACCAGCUCAGCUGGAUUCGGGGGAGAAUCACAGGUCGUUGCAGUGCAAAAUAACCGCAGGCGCUCGAAUCCUCCGGGAAUGUGCGGAAAUAUAGCGUCGGACAAACGAAGACGCCGCCGUCGACGGAGCCGACCCAAUCGGGACGGUAAUUCACAAGGUGGAGGCAACGGUGGUGGUCACUCAAUGUCCUCGGGCCAUCACAAGAACCACACAUCGGCGUCUCGUGGCGGUGGACGUUUCGUGCCAGCUCCACCACCGGCAAUGAUGGGUGGUGAUGUUCCACCGACUGCUGCUCACCACUAUCCAAUCUCAAAUAUGGCCAACAACCAGGUUGCCAACAACGAACAGUCGCUGCGCCAAAGAGCCGUGGCCAGGCUAAAAAUGUUCAAUUUCAAUCUCAACUGGGAUCUUCACAUGACCCAAUGCAAACCGUGUGGGCCUAAGAGCGGCAACAUCAUCACACGGCGUCUCUGCCGGAAUCGCCGAGGCGAGGACAACGAACUUUACCGCUCCAACAGCUUCAAAUUCGAACGUUUCGAGCGGAAGGGAGAGCACGGGGGCCCAGGGACAGGAUCCAGGACACUACGAAAACAGAUAUCCGUCUGUGAUGACUACAGUCUACCGAUAGACUUCGUCAAGAAACGACCGUCCAGUUUCGAUCCCUGCCUAGCGGAUAGAUUUCCGGAGAAUUGGGCCUCGCCAAGUCCUCAAGCGGAACAUGUUUCGUUCCUGGAGCCCCUAAAUCUACAGCAACCCUUGUCAUCAGUUCCGCCCAAUAGUGGAUUGCAACAGCAACAGCAACAUCACCAACAUACCCAUCAGCAGCAACCACAAAUCGCCCCACCCCCGAUCCCUCAGAGCCAUCCAGCUAAUGUCUCUGAACUAACCGCAGCCGCAAAUACAGUUGCUGCCAUCAAGACGGUUGAAGAGAUUUUCGAUAAUCCCAGACGAAGCUACAAACGAGCGACCGGACGAAACUCGCAGCAUCCACGACCCCGCAGAAGGGCAAGCUCCGGUAGCUCGGAGGUGAAAUACAUCAACCAAAAUUUCAGUUCAGGUUCGUCUGCUCCGGUUAGCUCCGAAGAAGAAGACAACGACGACGAAGAAGAUGAAUUGAGUAAAAUCCCCGAACUAAACUCACCGGAUAGUAUAUCUGAAGAUUUGGUUCAUCCUCUUCCGCCCCGGCAAAGUCCCGUGAAAACCACCGGACCCGACACCGCGAAACGUAAUCCGUCACCCUACUACUACUCUGAUUUGCUAAAGAACAAGACUCAACAACAAGAAGAUCAACCGUCUGAACCACAGCCACAAGAAACAACCCAACACGAAUCUAUCGAAGCCAAACGAGUCAACAGUCGAACAUCUUCCACAAACACUAGGCGCGAGGCGGGAGGAUUAAGAUACCGUAAAAGUAGCAGCCUCGACACACCAGCAGCUGAGAAAGAAGUCUGUCUACCGAAACGUUACUCCAUAACCGAGGAAGGUGUUCGUAUAAUACGCUGUGAUUCACCUUCGACCACAACUUCGGAAGAUUCGGACUGCUCUGAAUGUCGCAAACGACGAGACUGGCAUGCGCAAGCUUUAGCAAUAGUGCGUGCCAACUGUAAUCUUCCACCGUCGGUUGAUCCUUCAAUGCCACCGCAUCGAAUGCUCGGUCCAGCAUCAGCAGUUUGUGCCUGUGCCACACCAGCCUUCGGUGAGGACAACGAUGAACUCUUCCGGCCACGUAGUAUAUUCUACGUUCACCAACCCGGUGCCCAAAAUUGUGCCGAUUGCGUACUAAGUGACAAUUCCGCCGCGGUCAACGAAGAUAUGACGGGAAUUAGGACACGGCAAAUCUACGAGACUGCUUUCGAUUCGAAGAUAACCCGAUCGGACGACGAUUUGGACGAAGUAGAUCGGGUUACCAAUCAGUCCGUUUUGCUGCAACUCUCCAAAAGUAACAACAGCAGUACAAGCAAUAUGGUUUCCAGUCAGAACAAGGAAAACCGGGAACGAGCAAAACGAACUGACGGGAAACGAUCCAAAAGCGCUGUGAAAACACCAUCAGGAACUCAAAUACAAACCACGGCAAGCAUAGAGAACAAUACGGAAACGACACUAUCCCAAGAUUUGGAGAAACUUCAGAUCGACAAACAACUAGACAAUAUAACCAACGCAAACUCUACGUCUUCCUCUCAACUUCCCCUUCGUGGAUACACGCCUUCUCCUCCCUCGACCGCACCUCUUCCGAUGAAGUUCCCGGGCAAACAUGAACGGUUCUUCAUCAACAGCAUCAAAAGUGCUCCCAACCUUCCCUCUUCCAAUGCCGCCCAACACCCAAGACUCAAAGAUCUCCGGCUAGAUGUACAGGCGAUACGCAACAGUGAAGUUCCUCCUUCCGCCGGCAGUUGUGAUGGUAGUAUUAACGAUUCUUCCUACAAUAGUCCUAAGAACAGCGAUCAUCGACCCCGAUCAACGAUGUGCCUGGAGCCGGAGCGUGUCCUUGAGCUCAAACGAAGUCACAAACAGAGGGGUCGGAAUUUUUCGUCCACGGAAAGUAUGGCUACAUCUAGCAGCGGUGGUAGCAUGGAAUCUCUAAAAUCUAGUACCAGCGAGGGCAACCGGAGCACUUCCAGCUCCGAUUCACGCCACUCUUCCUCCCUGAGCUCGCACAGCUCCGAUUCGAACCCAACCAUUGCCUUACCGCUGCGAGUGCCAAUCUCCCUCCACAAUAAACUCAACAUCCUUAGUCCGAUUUCGGACAAAUCGUCCCAGGAACCGGGUUCGGAAACUUCCGACAUCAACCGGAACAACUCCCAGAAACAGUCACCCGAAGAGGGCACCGGUGGAGGUUCUCUGGUCAAGAAGGAGAACGGUGACGAGAAUGAGGCGGCUGUGAAACUGAGCGUACCGAAGAGGCGGUCCGCACCCAACAAGACGCUGCUACUGAUUACAGGUCCAGAAAUCCAAGGUUCGGACAGCGGCAUUUCGCUGCAUUCGCGCGAAGACGUCAAAUCCCGAACGAACUUCCUCAAUCUGGGCAUCCAGCGUGCCUCGCUCGGGCUGGAGAAAUCGGACACCGGAAAGCCUACGCUCCCGCAGGACCUGAACGAUCUUCCAUUCGACAUGCCCAAGCUGAGGCGAAGACGUGCCCACAUGCAACCGGAACCUUGCACAUCCGGUAGUGUGACCUCGGUAGACGUCGGGGAUCUACCGUUUGACAUGCCUAAAUUAAGGCGCCGAUUGAGGCUUUCGCAGAACCAGAAUCAGCUGAUCCACGCAAUGCCAUCGACUUCGGGGCACCUGCUUCAAACCAGCACCGAAUCCAGCGGAUUAUCACAGGCAUCCUCCAGUUUGUCGAUGCGAGACUCUGAUAAUAAAGCAGCCGCAGCGGCAAUGGCUGGAGGAUUCUUCAAGCAAAGCCUCACGCUGAAUCUGAAUGAAUGUAACAGCGCAAGGCCACCGAAAAAGUUUGGAACGCUCGAUCUGGGCCUGAAUAUUCAAAACCAAAUCCGCUCGAAUGUGGACUUGAUUGAUGCCAGCAUUCCUCUGGAUCGUCAGGGCUGGUACCACGGUUCGAUCAGCAGGAUAGAUGCCGAGAAAAUUCUCCGGCCUCUGGGAGAAGGAAGUUUCCUGGUUAGGAACAGCGAGUCAACCCGCCUGGACUAUUCGCUUACACUGAAGAGCGCCAAAGGCUUUAUGCAUAUGCGCAUCCAGCGGGAUCCAGACAGCGGUCAAUUCAUUCUGGGACAGUUCAGUCGGCCUUUCCCGAACAUUCCGGACAUGAUUCGACACUUUUGCCUCAACCGGUUGCCAGUGAGGGGGGCAGAGCACAUGUGCCUCCUGGAGCCGGUCAUUGCGCAGAUUCUCUAAACGCAGAAUCAACAAAACGUAUUUAACAUGGUUAUAAGCGUUUGAAAUUGGUAGUCAGGUUUUUAGUAGAACAUAAGUGAAGGAAAGGCUCAUCUAAUGGUAUUUGGAUAGGUGAAGUUUGCGUAUGCAGUGAAAAUCAAACGAAUCUGAUUGACGUUUAAUGAAGAAAAGAAGUAUCGUUGAGUUCCUUGUAUUAAGAUAAAAAAAAACAUGAAGAUGGAAAUGAUUUGUCUGUUUCAACUAUACAUUGUUUUUCAAUUGUGACAAUAAAUUAUGAUUUCCAUUCUCUCUCACAUAAGUUAGGUCUGUAUAACGAACGUGUAAAUUUUCAAAGAUUCUUAUUAAGGUCGGAAAUUAUCUUCCUAUAUCAAAGUGUAGAAUGUACUCAAUACAUACAUAUAUUGUGAUAAACUAACAAUUUGUUGAUUCUGAGUUCCCCAGCUGUUUACGAACAUUACACGCAAAUUUAUGGUUUCACAUACAGUCGUGUGGUAGUGUUAUUGUGUUGAAUCAUUUAAACGGGAAGAAGACAACCAACAAUUUGGAAGGAUUAAGAAAGGUCAAACAAGUUAUGCCAAAAUUUGAACUGUGAACGGAAAGAGUGCAAUCGAAAGACGUUGCAAUUUUAAAAUGAUUGUGAAUAAAGUGCAAUACUAAAUGCAACCAAAUUUUAUAGAAAGCACACCUAAACACUCUAGGCAGGAACAUAGCUUUUGCAACUAGAUUGUUGCUUUUGAAUAUAAAACACCCAAAAAACCUAACCUAACCCGCUUCAGUUCAGCGAAAACACAAUAAUUACAGAAAAUCAAAACAAAUAGAUUAGUUUGGAAAGUGCAAUAUAAUUCAUUUCAAUAAAACUAAAAACCACCAUUAGCCAGAUUUCAGUUUCAUUGGAAAAAUCAUAUAACCUUGUGUAUUCAAUCAAUGCAUAGUAUCAGAACGAAAUAAAACAUCUCUUCUCAUCAGUUGCAAGAAAGAAAAAAAAAACUAAUGAAGAGACAACAAUUAAUAAGUAGAAUAGGAAUUUUCACUGAAGUUCGUGUUUUAAAGACCGAAUCGGCAGACAGAAAGAAGUAAAAACUCAAACUUGUUUUUGAUGGCCAGUCGAUUAUGUCAAUCAAAAUUAUUAAAUUUGAAAAAAAAGACACUUAAGUAAUUUGAAAGUUUCACACAUGGAAAACAGAAACAUACACACACACUUACACAUAUGAAGAGAAAGAGAGAAAAAAAUCACGUAGUGAUGAAACAAGAAAAACCCAUUAUUAAUAUGAGAAAAUAUUUAACAAAAUAUUAGA